AACUGCUUGAGGAGGAGGGAUGCUGGCCUACUAAAUCAGUUACAAGAGCUAGAUAAGCAAAUAAGUGAUCUCCGCCUGGACGUGGAAAAAACAACAGAUGAACACCUUGAGACAGACAGUCGUCCAAGUUCAGGGUUUUAUGAGCUGAGUGAUGGAGCUUCUGGAUCGCUCUCCAAUUCAUCUAACUCUGUCUUCAGUGAGUGUUUAUCCAGUUGCCAUUCUAGCACUUGCUUUUGCAGCCCUUUGGAGGCAACACUGAAUAUCUCAGAUGGACGCCCUAAAUCUGCAGAUGUCCAUCCAAAGUACCAGUGCGAUCUGGUGUCUAAAAACGGGAACGAUGUCUACCGGUACCCCAGCCCACUCCAUGCGGUAGCUGUGCAGAGUCCCAUGUUUCUUCUCCCCGUUACUGAAAACCCCCAGCGAGAAGAGGAGAGGCUUGGUUGCGAUAUUAGCGAUGUUUGUGCCGGAUCCGAGACGGAGUCUGGAAAAUCUGCCAACGCUUUUCUCCCGCAAAGCUCCUGGCCAGCGCCAUGCCCUUCCACCAGCAAGAGGAUAGACGGUUAUAUCUUAAGCCUGGUUCAGAAAAAGACCCAUGCGGUAAGGACUAACAAGCCGAGGACGAGUCUCAACACCGAUCCCACCAAAGGGAUCUUGAGGCAUGGAAGCAUGUGUGUCAGGCAACCUGCGGGCGUGGUGGCUCACGGUAACGUCGUGAACCUGAAGAGCUCCAAGCAAGCGUGCUUGCCUUCUGGUGGGACCACCGCUCUGGACCAUGCGGCACCUUCUCCGUUAAAGCAGAGGCUGAGGGAGCCGGCUGGCGAGCAGCUGGAGAGUAGGAAGGCAUCUUUGCCAGCGUCUUUCCCACCUGGCACGGCAAAUGAACUUCAGAGCAAGCACCUGCCGCGGGGUGUGAAACCGGCACCUCCAGAGCUCAACCGCAAUGCAGUGGCCGCAGCAGGGGACGUCCCCAAGGAGAACGGCCAGCUCUUUGCCGCAUCUCCCAAAGAGAGCCCAGGGAAGACCGUGGUGCUGCAGCCAGAGAACAGGGCAGCUCGCUCCUCAUCGCCUGCCGUCGAGGAGAGGCCUGCACUGGAUUUCAAAAGCGAGGGUUCUUCCUCCCAGAGCCUGGAUGAUGGGUUGCUGGUGAACGCCCAGUACAUACCGGCCCAGCAGCAAAGCGUGAAGCUUCACAAAGGCACUCGAAACGUCAAGAUUUUGAAAAGCUCUGCUCUGAAACACAGGCCCCACCUUGCCAACGGGCUGGAAAAUGGUACGCAGACUUUGAGGGAGAAAACCAAGCCCGUUGGCAAGAAGUGCCGCUUUCCCGAGGAGCUGGAUACAAAUAAGAAACUGAAAAAACCCUCCUCGCGGGGGAAGAGAGGCAGUGGCUUGCAGCCGGAGUCGGCUCUCCAGAGUCGGCAGGCUGGCCUGCACAAAUCCCCCAUCCGAUCCCAUGGGCAUGGCCGAGAGGUCGUGGUGGCCAAGCCUAAACACAAGCGGGCCGACUACCGCCGGUGGAAGUCAUCGGCGGAGAUUUCCUACGAGGAAGCCCUGCGGUGGGCGAGGAGGAACCGACGGGAAGGCGUGGGGGUCUACUCGCAAGUCCCCCUGCCCUACGUCAGCCCGUACGCCUACGUGGCCAGCGACUCGGAGUACUCGGCGGAGUGCGAGUCCUUGUUCCACUCCACCGUGGUGGACACGAGUGAGGAUGAGCAGAGCAACUACACGAUGAACUGCUUUGGAGACAGCGAGUCGAGCCUGAGCGAGGUGGAGUUUGUAGGGGAGAGCACGACCACCAGCGACUCUGAUGAGAGCGGGGGACUUAUUUGGUCUCAGUUUGUCCAGACGCUCCCCAUCCAAACGGUUACGGCGCCAGAGCUGCAUGAAAAUGCAGCAAAGGCCUUUGUCAAAAUCAAAGCCUCCCAUAACCUCAAGAAGAAAAUCCUCCGCUUUCGGUCGGGCUCCCUGAAGCUCAUGACAACUGUCUAGUGAGCUGGCUUGGUGGAAUGUAUCUCCUUCUGCUUUUGGAAGCAAGGUGCUUUUGUGUACAUAUUUCCACAGAUUUUUUUUUUUUUUAUAUAUACAAAUAUUUAAAACUUAAGGUAAAUUAUGUCACUUGUCUUCAGAACUUGGGUGGAUACUAGUGCCUUUUACGUGGAAAUAAAAGACCAUUAUACUCAUUUAAAAAAAAAAAAAAAAAACGAACAAUAUAACACUGCCAUUUCAGUGGUGAACAGCCUCCAGUGCAUGGUGUCAGAAGGCUUUGAAAAAAGGCUAAAUGUUUCUGGGAAUGGAUCUUUCUUGCCUAGUUUUUCCAGUUCUGGGUCUUAUACAGGAUAUUGACAGCUUAAAGUCAUAUGUUUUUAGGGGGUAAGGGGGAGGGAGUGGGGGUGAUCUUCAUGUUUUCGCUUGUCCCUUUCUGCUGCUCCUGUUGACACAUCUUGAACUUCUUCCUCCUGGUAGUCUGGCCUGGUUUUUUUUGUUUUUCUUUUCUUGUUGAUUCUCUUCUUGAAACUCACCCCUGUCCUCCCCCAGCCUUCCCCCACCAGGAAGGAGCUCCUGUUCAAUCUCUCUCCAAGGUUAAGUUGCCUUCUCUGGAGCACAGUCUCCUGGGAGUCCCGCUGCGGAUGGCGGUGGUGUUCAGAGAAAACUGUUGGAGGGGCUGACCAAGGCUUAGUAACUUCAGUAUAUUGUGUAAAACUGCUUUUGAAAAACUAAAAAAAAAACCCAUAUGCAUGUCACGUGCAUGAGUAUCAGUAGUUUUAAUAUUCCUGUUGAUGUCCAAUUUACUGUACAUCAUCAAUGGCUGUUUUUAUAUAUAUAUAUCAUUGUGUAAAUUAAUAUAACACAUC